AAGCUCCUUUUGAGUACUAAGCAUGCCUGUAGUAUGCCUAGGUGGUCAAACCCAGGUGAUAUGAGAUCUCUCUGUCACAGUUGUGUUAGGCUCUUUGUUUUGGUAAUUGAGUGAUUAUGAUGGAGAUAGGUGUCGUCAACCACAUUCAGGUAGCUUGGAGACAGGGGAUGGUGAAGAGUGGCUUAGGCUGUGGGUAAUGGAUUCCUGUUUAGAUGCAUUCAUUUCUGUGUUUUUGUGUGUAUAUAUUUACAAUAUAAUCUGCUAACCAUAUAGUCAGUGCUGCUGUGGUUCGUAAUCUGGCAGAUCAUUUAAAUAUUUACUCCAAAAUAUCUUGUUCUCUGUUGGUGUGAAGUAGAGUUUCCAGUUAUUUUUAGGUCAUUUUCAUCUUAGCAACCCUGUUGGAGAUGAACCAGACACGCUGCUGUAAACUGUCCCCACAUUUGGAUAGAAUUUAAUAAAGUAAAGUUUAAUGGUUUGGUCCCAAGAGGCAAACAGACCAUCUGGUUAGCAGAAGGUUAGGUCAAGUAUUGUAUGGCUGCUGAGAGGGCCACAAACCAGCCCUGAUGCACUGGUAAUGUGUCCAGUUGCUGAAUGCAUUAAGCAUUGAAAUGGUGCUUUCAGGUCUGCCGAGCCAGCAGUUCUGUUACCACCGCUGUGACGCAGGAGAUAAUUCAGCUGGGCAAGCAGCAGCAUGGGGGUGGAUCUACAGUACAGGAUGUGUAAUGUCAACAUGAAGGAUUGGAGCUGGCAGAAGGAAGGGAAGCAGUCAUUUCAUGCCAAUGCAGGAAGCCUAGAGAGAUGCUUUCCACCCCCUACCCCUGUCUCUUGUCCUCUUCUGGAGCUUUCACAUUAUUUGUUAAAUGAUUACCUUGUGCAUGGUCCAUGGCAAAACUUCAGCUGAUUUCUCUGCCUCUUUUGGAACCUGUCAGCAUAAACAGAGUAAACCACAUUCCACACACAUGUAGGGCGGGCAAAGGAAAGAGAUUACUGCACAGACUGGGAGGAGGAGAAAGGGCUUCAUUAGGCAGGAGCAUCUUUGUGCUUGAGAUGGAAUCCCAUUGUAUGUCCCUUUGUGCUCAGAUUUGAGACCGGCCAUCCAUUCAAAGGCUGCAAUCAUCUCGGAACAUUGUGCUGCAGCUGUAGUCGGUGGAAGGCUGCAGAAUGGUUCCAGUGAUUCUGCAGAAGCUUAGCAAUUACAUAAUUGCUAUGUAACUGGAGAGAGCCAUCAGGAUUGUCUAGUUCUCCUGGAAAGAAAGCUUCUACAAUUUGAGGGGUAGAUUGUUUUCCCUUGUUAAACCUGAAAGCUGAUGAGCAGAUACAUCACACCACCAGGCUGAAACCGGGUCCUCUCACUGGCAUGAGAAGGGAAGAAAUUCACAAGUACACUUGGCUGGACAUUCAGUGAACUUCACAGCUGUGUUAAAGGGAGAGAGAGCAACUCAAUGACUCUUGGAAUUGUGGCAGCUGAACAUGAUAUUUGACUUGUUUCUCAUAUCUGGGACUGUAGCAACUUGUAGCAGUUGAACAUGAUGUUUGACUUGUUUCUAAUAUCUGGGGCUGUGUCUCUAUGCACUUAAGGCAUGGAGUUUUCCAGAGCUUUCCUAGGAACGGGACGAACAGAGUUGCUCAUAAUCACCAAGAGCCCUCUCAAUGUCUGCCGCCUGCUCAGGAGGAUUGUCACAGCCUCUCUUGAAUGAAUACUUGCCUCAGAUGCUGAUCAGUGGAAGCACUGCAAAGUUUGACUCUUCAGAUAUUCCUAAAUGCUGAAAUCUUCUCAGGGUCAGCUCAUGAUGCAGCCCGAGCCUGUUCAGUCCAGGAGCUAGGACAUACUGGACAGUUUGCCUGUGAGAACUUCACCGUGCAGAAAUGAAUUCCUUCUUUCAGCUACCUCACUGCUUGUUUUCCAUAGUUGAGAAAACUUUGAGGUGGCGUUGGCUAAAUGUAGGUACGAGGGCUGCAUUAAAUCAGUGAGAAGUCCAAGGCUUCAUUUCAUCCUGUGUAAAACACUAAUCUAAAAUUAGCCACGUCUCCUAACCCAAGUGUGGACUUUGUGUUUGUUUACAUUAAAUAACUCUAAAUUUCAGUGAUCCUGCCUUUCUGGUGUCAGUUUUGUGGAGCUGCUAGAGUGGAAAGAGUGGUUGUUGAGUUACAUUUUUAUUAAUGGUUUAAGUUGGGCCUUUCAGAACUGAUACUCAUCUAUAUGUCUCUAUUUAAGUAUGUUUGUAGUCAGAACUUCACUGUAAGGGAAAAGUAAAACAUUCUGGCUUCUUUGUGAAUUAAAAAGGAAUGUCUAGUAGGCAGUGUGGGGACCUGGACUCCCAAGAUGGAUUGGGUCCACAGAUUCCUAGACCUUUCACCUUUAGACCUCUACGUUCCUCUGUACCUCUUGGGUUUAACUCUGAGGUUGAUGGAUGCAAAUAGUUCAAGAAUUCUGAUUCCUACAAAACAGUAUUGGCAGGUUUUCAAGGAACCAGCCUGCCUCAGCACUGAGCUUUUAUUUUGUAACAAUUUGGAGGGGUAUAGGAUCACCCAUGGUGACCCUUUCCUGCGUCAUUCUAGGCAGGCCUUGGCAUGCUUCGCCAGAUGAGUAAGGACGAGGACAGUUGGCAGGAGGACCCGCUGAGUUCAUCUUGCUUCGUAUUUUAGGAACUGGCCUGACCCUGUUCCAUCAUCAGUGUUUGGGCACUCUGAGAAACUCUAGACCAUCUUUUCAAACACUAGACCUGGAGAUUAUGUUGGGAGCAGCAGAGCAUACUCAUACGAGGAAGGAGCACUUGAUUAUAGCACAGAGGACACAUUGAAGGGGAACCCUUUUCUGUCAGUAUUGGUAGGCCUGUGAGGACCUUGGUGGUGAGGGCCAUGGUGUAUGCUGGAAAGAUCAUAGACCUCAGAGCCAGUGAGUUACUGGGUGACCUCGAGGGAAUGGUUUAAUCUUUGAUCCCCAAUUUCUUUAUCUGGAAAAAAAAUCCGCUUUGUAAAGUUCUUAUAGGGAAUAAAGGAAAUCAUGAUUAUAAAUCUCUGGUGCAGAGCCUGACGUAUAGUGGACAUAUAAAAGAAUCCUAAUUUUCUUUCCUCACAUCUUUAAGUUUUUAUUAAUCACUUAUUAUUGGUGGAGCACUGAUAAACAGUGACUAUCUGAUUAGAAGUCAGAAUAUACCUGAAUUUUACAUGAAAUCCCAACUGAGGGCUCCUUGAAGCUUUUACUGAUGAGAUUGAUAAAUAUACACCUUCUUGGCUAAAGAAGCUGAGCAAUAUUUUUUAUUAUAUGGUGGCUUUUCAAAACCAGUGGGCUUCCCUAUGAAACAUGACUCCAAAAUCUGGUAAAAGAAAAGAAAAGUGACUUAACCUCUGUUUGUACUAUCUUGAACAUUGUGUAAUAGAUUAUAUAUUAAAUUCCUUCGAUGAGGUUCUGGUUUUCUGUUUUGACUGUUGCUACCCAACUAACUUCUCUAUAGUAAACCUGAAAUUUUCCAAGAAUGGCCCAGAUGUGAGCUAUUUGAUUAUCUAGAAUCCAAAAGACUUAACAGUCUUAGUGUCUUAAAGCCUUUUUUCUACCACCUCUAGUCAGGUGUGCAACUCUUUAUGUUGGUGUGCAGUGAAGCCUUAUUGACUGGUUUCAGGGAAAAAGAUCUUAUUCAGUUGAAAUGUAGCUGAUCAACAUUGAAGGCCAACCACUGGUUUGUUUCAUAAUGAGUUCCUGAACAAGAGUAGACUAGAAGCUACAGAAAGGCAGGCUGAGUCUCUCUUAUUCACCACUACCUUGAGCAGUGCCUAAAACAGAUGUACACAGUCAAAAUGUGCGGAGUCUGUAAACCAAACAGCAUUUUUAAAAAUGUCCUCUUGGUCCUAAAUAUCUAUUCCUUAAAAAUGCCUAUAUAUCUAAAACAAAAUAGUAUCUUAGUUGCUUCUGAGCAGUCACUGCUGCCUGAAAUACAACAUUCAAUUAAAAAAUGAAAGUUAAUGUAAGUUCUUAAUCAAAGGAAACUACCCACCUCUAUUCAUAUUAUGUACAUUUUGAAGUAAGAAUGCCUAACAAUCUAGGUUAAAGAAGCCAAGGAGAAUUUGGUUGUUGGUAGCUUCUGAAAGAUACUAAUGUGCGGUUGACAUUUUAUUAGUACGAUCUUGAAUGAUUCUUCAGUGCACUAGAGAGUUAAAUUUCAUAGAACUGAGUCUGAAACAUUGGAGAAGAAAAACUCAAAUGCAGUCAGUGAUUCAAGGCCAUUGGUUCUGGAGGAAACUCAUUUGCAGUUUUAUGUAAAAGAGGAAGACAGGUCUUUUUCCAAUACUUUCUUUGACCUAUUAAGUCUAAAUGGAUGGUGGCAUGUAUUUUUUAGGGUAAAUUGGUGGUAUGGAAGCCUCAAGGAAUAUAGAGGAAAAUGUUAUGAAAAAAAAAGAUGAGUAUAUAGUGAUUCCUAUUAAUUUAACAGAAUUGGAAGAAUGAAGCAACGAACCAGGAUGAUAGUCAUGUUCUUUGAAGAUGGUCAAGCAGAUUCAGAAAGCAUGCUUCUUCACCUUUGACUUUAGUUCUUGAACAUUUCAAUGGAAUGAUUUAGAUCAUUGAAAGUCUAGUAUAUGCAGAAGCCUUCUAGGUAUUAGGUGACCUUGCAGCGUUAAAGAAACCCAUGGAUCCUGUUAGUUCCAACCUCACUGAAGGACAUAUUCUGAAGAGCCAGCUCAUUAAGCAAGCUUUUGAAGGGUGUGCGCUGCCGAGCAGUUUCCUGUUAUUUGGUUAAUGGUUGACCUAGUUCUAAUGCCAUAUGCUUCCUGGAACGCAUUCUAAUAUAAAGUAUGUGUUAAAGCAAGACUAGGAUAAUAGCAGGAAAGUCAAAGCCUUUCUGAAGCAGAGACCAUAUUAAUGCUGGCCCAGCGAAGGCAGAACAGUGUGUGGAUCGAAAAUGAAAAGACUUUUCUCUUCAAGGUCCUGUUUGCUAAUUUUGAUUUUAACCCUCACAUUUUAUCCCAGUUCAUUCUAAGGAGUUGCAUUUUCCCCAGAAUACCUCGUACCUAAGGCCUGUGUCAUCAGUUCAUUUUUCAGUGCAUGCUAGGCCAAGCUUAGUGGUGAAGUACCCUAAGUAAAAUUAUUACUGCAAGGAAAGAUUAGAUUAGAGUUGGCUAAUGGCAGAUGAUUUUGUUUUUGUGUUAUUAUUUUUGUAUUGUAAACAGGGGAUUAAUAAAUCUUUUCCUCUGAAGUUUGGAUGGAGUUCAGAGCUAAGAUUGAGGCUCCUUUGAUUUAUUUAUCCUUUUACCUGAAAUCAGAAGCUCUGGCUUGUUCAUUUAGAUGGACAGGGAGCCUCCCCAAGUCAUGGGAGCUGGUGAGCAAACGCUACACCAGGCACACAAGUGUUUGUUUUAACAGCUUCAGAAUGUGAAGAAUCUGUGGGUCUAGUCUGCUAAUUGCUGGAUAUUUCGGUGGCAAUAGAGGAAGCUGUUCUGCUGUCUUCAUUGCUCGUUAAAAAUGUUUGAGCAACCACAAGGGUGUAUAUAUGGCGGGGGGAGGGUGGACAGCUCCCUUUUAAAAAAGUUUUUUUAAAAAAUCACCAUAAAAUUGUGGUAUGCAGCAGUGAUUCCUAAACCAGGCAGAGCUUCAAAAUUAUUCUAAGAACUUAGAAAACAAAAAGGGAUUUAUUAAAAAUAGACCUUCAGGUUCUACCACUGAGCAAGUAUUUUUUAAUUAUAUGGUGGCUUUUCUUCUUGCUUCGUAUCUUAUGAAUUCCAGGAAAGGAAUUAAUUAGGUCUUGGGUCGGACCCUAGAAUGUUUAUUCUUGGAAGGCAGGUUUAGGAGCCACUGGUCUUGGGAAUGUAGUAUCCUUAAGUAAGGGAGGAAGAAGCAGCCACUGUGCUCAAAGGGUUGACAUGGAGGAAUUAGGAAAAGGAAAACACUUGCUGUCAGAACUUGAUAUUUGUGGCUGCUAAUAAUUUCAGCUAUGGAAUAGGCUUUCGUCUUUUCUUCUCUAGGAAUUUAGUACCUUCAGAGCACCUUAAGGGUACUAUAUACUAAGUGAUAUAGGUUUGGGAAAUGUCAUCUCAGCGGCAGGCUACAUACUGUGCUCCACCACCACCAUCACCUCUGUUGUAAACAGAAUAUCGGUCAUUCAUCAGGUAAAUUGGUUGCAGUUUUUUCAUAUUAAUAGAUUUGGCAGAAACAAAGGAAAGUUACAUUAUGUUGAUUUCUGUAUACAAAGAAAUUGCUAUGAAUUCACCCAAGUAAAUGUUUGGGGUUUUGUUUUGUUUUGUUUUGCUUUCUUUUUUCUGUUAACAAUAAGGGAUGCAAUUUUUUGACCAAGGACUUGUUCCAUAUGGCUUCCUGCCUGGCCUGGUUUGAAGCUGUUGCCUCUGAUAUUGGACCACUGCUAACUGACCUAGUUGUGCAUUAGAGUAACCUUGGCUAGUGGAUCAACACAGUCUAGGGUUUAAUAGUGUGCCUGAUGUGUAGCUGAUCCUCAGUGCUUACUAGUGAAUGACUGACUGAAGCAGCUCAGUAGACGUUUCUUCAAAAGAUAAGAAGUAACUUGGAGAGGUGAAGAUUCUGCUUCAAAGCAAUGCAUGUGGUCAACAUAACCUUUCUAGAGUCUUUUCUGCUUUCAUCUCAAUAAAAAGGGAAAUUGCCCUGUUGCAAAAUUUGGCAAGUCAGACACUUCAGCUUCCCAAGAAAAUGCAAGGAAUUUAUUUAUUUUCUUUACAUGUUGUCUACCCCUAAAACAACUAUCACUACUACUAUUAAACACUCUCUGUACACUUUAAAGAAAGUGCCUCUAGAAUAAAAUUGUUAAGAGAAUUUCAUCUUUCUUCACUUUCCUUCAAACUUUAGGAGUCUCAUGGGAGUGAAAAGAAUGUUGUCUUAGAAGUAGAAGAGAAGAAACAAUUGAGUAGAAAAAGGAAGUAAUUGAGAAAAUGUGUCUGGUUGACAGUAAUUUUUUAGUAACUGAAAGCAGCAGUCAUGGCCCAAGAGCUGAUGGUUGUGUCCUUGCCGUGCUUAGAAGCUUCAAGAAAGGGAGUAUAGUCUCUUUAAAGUUAUUUUGAGGAGUUGGACACUACCUACUAGGUUCCUAAUGCUUACCCAAGUUAAGAGGUUGAAGUGCCUCCAAGGCUUUAAGUAGCAGCUGAACAUGUGAUCUUGUUAACCCUGAGAUGUUGCUGAGAAGUGACUCAGGUCACUGUGGCAAACAAUCCUGUCCUGUUCCAGCUGCCCCGGCAGAACUCAGCAUUAGGUCACCCUUUAGGCGGAUGGUGCAGAGCUCAUGCUACCAUCAAGACCAGAACAAGGACAACUUGAAGUGGCUGUCUUGCACAUGGGACUGAUGUUGAGGACUGCUUGAUGUUUUUGGAGCCCACCUGACUCCUAAGAGUUUCCAGUUCCUCUAUCCCUAUUCCCUGUCCUCACAUAAACCACUUGGAGAGAAGGGGAGGAUGCCAGAGAGAGUCAUGUUCUCAUAAUUACUUGCUCUUUGGAUGUUUCCUCAUCUAGAUAGACGGAAGCUUUUAUUUUCCUCAGGAAAAGGUUCCUAAUGUGAGAGGGUAGACCCGGAUCAUGGAGGUGCUUCAGUGUGAUGGCUGUGAUUUCAGAGCCCCGUCUUAUGAAGAUCUCAAGGCACACAUUCAGGAUGUCCACACAGCAUUUCUGCAGCCAACUGAUGUUGCUGAGGACAAUGCGAAUGAGCCACGAUCCGGGUCCAUGAAUGCCAGUAAUCAAACAGAGGUGGAGUUUUCUUCUAUAAAGGAUGAAUUUGCCAUUGCAGAAGAUUUAUCAGGUCAAAAUGCAACUGCAUUGGGGACCGGAAGUUACUAUAGUCACAGUCCAGGAUAUUAUGGUCAGCAUAUUGCUGCUAAUCCCAAACCAACAAACAAGUUUUUUCAAUGCAAGUUCUGUGUACGCUACUUCAGGUCAAAAAACCUCCUCAUAGAACACACUAGAAAGGUCCAUGGAGCUCAAGCUGAAGGGAGUUCGGCAGGACCCCCCAUCCCAGGAUCCUUAAAUUAUAACAUCAUGAUGCACGAGGGUUUUGGAAAGGUCUUCUCUUGCCAGUUUUGCACAUACAAGUCACCAAGAAGGGCAAGAAUAAUUAAGCAUCAGAAGAUGUAUCACAAAAACAAUUUGAAGGAGACCUCUGCUAUCCCACCUGCUCCUGCUCCAAUGCCAGACCCUGUGGUUCCGCCCGUAUCCCUGCAGGACCCCUGCAAGGAACUGCCAGCAGAAGUUGUGGAGCGCAGCAUCUUAGAGUCUAUGGUCAAGCCUUUGACCAAAUCUCGAGGCAACUUUUGUUGUGAGUGGUGCAGCUACCAGACCCCCCGCCGAGAACGCUGGUGUGACCACAUGAUGAAGAAACACCGCAGUAUGGUCAAGAUCCUUUCCAGUCUCAGACAGCAACAAGAAGGGACUAAUCUACCUGAUGUGCCGAACAAGAAUUGCCCCAGCCCCACUUCCAACUCUACCUAUCUGACCAUGAAUGCUGCCAGCCGGGAGAUACCCAAUACUACCGUCUCCAACUUCAGGGGCUCCAUAGGCAACUCCAUCAUGAGACCCAAUUCUUCUUCAGCUUCCAAGUAUUCGCCCAUGUCUUACCCUCAGAUGAAGCCGAAGUCACCUCACAAUUCUGGUCUAGUUAACUUGGCAGAGAGAUCCCGUUAUGGAAUGACUGAUAUGACCAAUUCUUCUGCUGACCUGGAAACUAACAGCCUGCUAAAUGACUCUAGUUCUGAUGAAGAGUUAAAUGAAAUAGACAGUGAGAAUGGUUUAAAUGCUAUGGAUCACCAGACAUCAGGCCUGUCUGCAGAGCAGCUGAUGGGCUCAGAUGGCAACAAAUUAUUGGAGACCAAGGGGAUUCCAUUUAGAAGAUUCAUGAAUAGGUUCCAGUGCCCCUUUUGUCCUUUCCUCACCAUGCAUCGACGUAGCAUCUCCCGUCACAUAGAAAACAUCCACUUAUCUGGAAAGACAGCUGUCUACAAAUGUGACGAAUGUCCGUUUACUUGCAAGAGCUCACUGAAACUUGGGGCUCACAAACAGUGUCACACGGGUACAUCAGAUUGGGAUGCUGUGAAUUCCCAGAGUGAAAGCAUUUCUUCCUCAUUGAAUGAAGGUAUGGUGUCUUACGAGAGCUCAAGCAUCAAUGGUAGAAAGUCAGGAGUCAUGUUGGAUCCCUUGCAGCAACAACAGCCACCACAACCACCACCGCCACUGCCACCACCACCACCAUCACAGCCACAACCACUGCAGCAGCCACAGCCUACACAGCUGCAGCCACCACAUCAGGUGCCACCCCCGCCACAAACACAGCCACCACCAACGCAGCAGCCACAGCCACCCACACAAGCCGCACCUCUGCACCCUUACAAAUGCACCAUGUGUAAUUACUCCACAACGACUCUGAAAGGGCUAAGAGUCCAUCAGCAGCAUAAACAUUCAUUCUGUGACAACUUGCCAAAAUUCGAGGGGCAGCCCUCGAGCCUACCAUUGGAAAAUGAGACAGAUAGCCACCCCUCUUCCAGCAACACUGUGAAGAAAAGUCAGACCUCAAUUCUUGGGUUGUCCUCCAAGAACAAUUUUGUAGCUAAGGCCUCUAGGAAGCUCGCCAAUGACUUUCCUCUAGAUUUGUCGCCCGUGAAGAAGAGAACCAGGAUUGAUGAGAUAGCAAGCAACCUUCAGAGCAAAAUUAACCAAACCAAACAGCAGGAAGAUGCAGUGAUCAAUGUUGAGGAUGAUGAAGAGGAAGAGGAAGACAACGAAGUGGAGAUAGAGGUUGAGUUGGACAGGGAGGAAGAGCCGACAGAACCCAUCAUAGAGGUUCCCACUUCCUUUUCUGCCCAACAGAUAUGGGCAAGAGAUACCAGUGAGUCCCAGAAGGAACCCAACUUCAGAAGCAUCACUCACGAUUACAACGCAACCAAUGGGGCUGAGAUUGAGCUCACCCUUUCUGAAGAUGAAGAGGAUUAUUACGGCUCCUCAACAAACAUGAAAGAUCACCAAAUUUCCAAUACUGCUCUGCUGAAUACCCAAACUCCCAUCUAUGGGACUGAGCACAAUAAUGAAAACACAGACUUUGGUGACUCUGGAAGGCUUUACUAUUGUAAACACUGUGACUUUAACAACAAAUCUGCCCGGAGUGUUAGCACCCACUACCAACGAAUGCAUCCAUAUAUUAAAUUCAGCUUUAGGUACAUCUUGGACCCCAAUGAUCACAGUGCGGUGUACAGGUGCCUGGAAUGCUACAUCGAUUACACCAACUUUGAAGACCUCCAGCAGCAUUAUGGUGAACACCACCCAGAAGCCAUGAAUGUACUCAACUUUGAUCACUCAGACCUGAUCUACCGGUGUCGGUUUUGUUCAUACACAAGCCCGAAUGUUAGAAGCCUGAUGCCGCAUUACCAAAGAAUGCAUCCCACGGUGAAGAUCAACAACGCGAUGAUAUUUUCCAGCUAUGUCGUGGAGCAGCAGGAAGGGCUGAAUACGGAAUCCCAGACCCUGAGGGAGAUUCUGAAUUCAGCUCCCAAGAACAUGGCGACUUCCACGCCCGUGGCUCGUGGUGGUGGUUUGCCAGCUACGUUCAACAAAAACACUCCUUCCAAGACCUUUAGUCCUGAAUGUGAAAAUCAGAAGGACCCUUUGGUCAACACUGUUGUUGUUUAUGAUUGUGAUGUUUGUUCAUUUGCAAGCCCCAACAUGCAUUCUGUCUUGGUUCAUUAUCAGAAGAAACACCCCGAAGAAAAGGCUUCCUACUUUAGGAUCCAGAAAACUAUGCGAAUGGUGUCUGUGGACAGGGGCUCUGCCCUUUCUCAAUUAUCAUUUGAGGUGGGUGCUCCAAUGUCUCCCAAAAUGUCCAACAUGGGUUCCCCACCCCCCCCACAACCCCCGCCACCAGACCUCAGUACUGAGCUUUACUACUGCAAACACUGUUCCUACAGCAAUCGGUCAGUUGUGGGAGUGCUUGUCCACUACCAGAAAAGACACCCAGAAAUAAAGGUUACUGCCAAAUAUAUCAGACAGGCUCCUCCCACAGCUGCAAUGAUGAGAGGGGUCGAAGGGCCCCAAGGCUCCCCCCGGCCACCCGCCCCCAUGCAACAGCUGAACCGAAGCAGCUCUGAGAGAGAUGGCCCCCCUGUGGAGAAUGAGAUGUUCUUUUGCCAGCACUGUGAUUACGGGAACCGGACGGUCAAAGGGGUACUCAUUCAUUAUCAGAAGAAGCACCGAGACUUCAAGGCCAAUGCAGAUGUGAUCCGGCAGCAUACGGCCACCAUCCGAAGCCUCUGUGACCGAAACCAGAAGAAGCCUGCCAGCUGCAUGCUUGUCUCCCCCUCUAACCUGGAGCGGGACAAAACGAAACUCCGAGCACUCAAAUGUAGGCAGUGCUCAUAUACCUCCCCCUACUUCUAUGCACUGAGGAAGCAUAUCAAGAAAGACCACCCUGCCCUGAAAGCCACAGUCACGUCCAUCAUGCGAUGGGCAUUUCUAGACGGCUUGAUAGAAGCUGGCUACCACUGUGAGUGGUGCAUCUACUCCCAUACGGAGCCCAGUGGUUUGCUCCUGCAUUACCAACGGAGGCAUCCGGAGCACUAUGUUGAUUACACCUACAUGGCUACUAAACUCUGGGCUGGGCCAGACCCAUCCCCUCCCUCUCUCGCAAUGCCAGCCGAAGCCAAAACCUACAGAUGCAGGGACUGUGUUUUUGAAGCUGUCUCCAUCUGGGACAUCACCAAUCACUACCAAGCAUUCCAUCUCUGGGCCAUGAAUGGUGAUGAGUCAGUGCUGCUGGACAUCAUCAAGGAGAAAGAUGCUGUGGAGAAGCCCAUUCUUUCAUCCGAAGAGUUGGCAGGUCCUGUGAAUUGUGAAAACAGUAUACCCACCCCUCUCCCAGAGCAGGAAGCUGAAUGUCCAGAGGAUGCAAGACUUUCCCCAGAGAAAAGCUUGCAACUAGCUUCAGCCAACCCCGCCAUAUCUUCCACCCCAUACCAGUGCACGGUAUGCCAAUCUGAGUAUAACAACUUGCACGGUCUUCUCACCCACUAUGGGAAGAAGCAUCCCGGCAUGAAAGUGAAGGCUGCUGACUUUGCCCAGGACAUUGACAUCAACCCAGGUGCCGUCUACAAAUGCAGGCACUGCCCAUACAUCAACACCCGCAUCCAUGGCGUCCUGACCCACUACCAGAAGCGACACCCGUCCAUCAAGGUGACUGCCGAGGACUUUGUACACGACGUAGAGCAGUCUGCUGACAUAUCCCAGAACGACGUGGAGGAGACCAGCAGGAUCUUCAAGCAAGGGUAUGGCGCCUACCGGUGCAAACUGUGUCCGUACACUCACGGCACUUUGGAGAAACUCAAAAUCCACUACGAGAAGUACCACAAUCAGCCUGAAUUUGAUGUCUUUUCCCAGUCGCCCCCGAAGCUGCCAGUUCCCCUCGAGCCCGAGAUGACCACUGAAGUGAGCCCCUCCCAAGUCUCCAUCACUGAGGAGGAGGUGGGAGAGGAGCCCGUGUCCACUUCUCACUUCUCUACCUCCCACUUGGUCUCCCACACUGUGUUCCGGUGCCAGCUCUGCAAGUACUUCUGCUCCACGAGGAAGGGGAUUGCCAGGCACUACCGCAUCAAGCACAAUAAUGUCCGAGCCCAGCCAGAAGGCAAGAACAACCUCUUCAAGUGCGCCCUGUGUGCCUACACCAACCCCAUCCGCAAAGGUCUGGCAGCCCACUACCAGAAGCGCCAUGACAUCGAUGCGUAUUACACCCACUGCCUGGCAGCCUCCAGGACCAUCAGUGACAAACCCAACAAGGUGAUCAUCCCAUCUCCGCCCAAGGAUGACUCCCCUCAGCUGAGCGAGGAACUUCGGCGGGCAGUGGAGAAGAAAAAGUGCUCCCUGUGUUCUUUCCAGUCGUUCAGCAAGAAGGGCAUCGUGUCCCAUUACAUGAAGCGCCACCCAGGGGUGUUCCCAAAGAAGCAGCAUGCCAGCAAGUUGGGGGGCUACUUCACGGCCGUCUAUGCAGAUGAGCAUGAGAAGCCCACACUGAUGGAAGAAGAGGAGAGAGGCAGCUUUGAGAAAGCCGAAGUGGAGGGUGAAGCUCAGGAAAUCGAGUGGCUUCCUUUCCGUUGCAUCAAAUGCUUCAAGCUGUCCUUUAGCACUGCAGAGCUGCUGUGCAUGCAUUACACUGACCACCACAGUCGGGACCUAAAGAGGGACUUCAUCAUUCUGGGCAACGGCCCCCGCUUGCAGAACUCCACCUACCAGUGUAAGCACUGUGAUAGCAAACUGCAAAGCACAGCCGAGCUGACCUCACACUUGAACAUUCACAAUGAGGAAUUCCAGAAGCGUGCCAAACGUCAGGAGAGGAGGAAACAGCUUUUGAGCAAGCAGAAAUAUGCAGAUGGUGCUUUUGCAGAUUUCAAACAAGAGAGGCCUUUUGGUCACUUAGAAGAGGUGCCAAAGAUCAAGGAGAGGAAAGUGGUGGGCUACAAAUGUAAAUUCUGUGUGGAAGUGCACCCAACGCUCCGAGCCAUCUGCAAUCACCUCCGAAAGCACGUCCAGUAUGGCAAUGUCCCAGCUGUGUCAGCUGCUGUGAAGCAGGAGGCGGAUGACCCUGCCCACUUGUUCCUGGAUGGAUUGGAAGCAGCCAAAGACGCCAGUGGCGCCCUGGUGGGCCGGGUGGAUGGUGAACACUGCUUGCUUGAUGGAAUGUUGGAGGAUGAAACCCGGCCGGGGGGAUACCAUUGCAGUCAAUGUGACAGAGUCCUGAUGUCCAUGCAGGGGCUGCGUUCUCAUGAGAGGAGCCACCUGGCCCUGGCCAUGUUUACCCGCGAGGACAAGUACAGCUGCCAGUAUUGCUCCUUUGUUUCUGCUUUCAGGCACAAUUUGGAUCGCCAUAUGCAAACCCACCACGGACACCAUAAACCAUUCCGAUGCAAACUCUGCUCCUUCAAGUCCUCCUAUAACAGCCGGCUGAAAACACAUAUACUCAAAGCUCAUGCUGGUGAGCAUGCCUACAAGUGUUCUUGGUGCUCAUUCUCCACCAUGACAAUCAGCCAGCUGAAGGAACACUCCCUUAAAGUCCACGGAAAAGCCCUGACCCUCCCCAGGCCACGGAUCGUCAGUCUCCUCUCCUCACAUUCCCACCACUCCUCCCAAAAGCCUACCCCGGCCGAAGAAGUGGAAGACUCCAAUGACUCAUCAUAUUCAGAGCCCCCAGAUGUUCAGCAGCAGUUGAACCACUAUCAGUCAGCUGCCCUGGCAAGAAAUAAUAGCCGUGUUAGCCCUGUGCCUCUUUCUGGGGCUGCUGCUGGCACUGAGCAGAAAACCGAAGCCGUGCUUCACUGCGAAUUCUGUGAAUUCUCCUCCGGCUACAUCCAGAGCAUCAGGCGCCACUACCGGGAUAAGCAUGGUGGGAAGAAGCUUUUCAAGUGCAAAGACUGCUCCUUUUACACAGGCUUUAAAUCUGCUUUUACUAUGCAUGUGGAAGCUGGGCAUUCGGCGGUUCCUGAGGAGGGCCCCAAAGAUCUUCGCUGUCCUCUCUGUCUCUAUCACACCAAAUACAAGCGCAACAUGAUCGACCAUAUCGUGCUGCACCGAGAAGAGCGCGUUGUCCCCAUUGAAGUUUGCCGGUCCAAACUGUCCAAAUACUUGCAGGGAGUAGUUUUCCGCUGUGAUAAGUGUACCUUCACCUGCUCCAGUGAUGAGAGCCUCCAGCAACAUAUAGAAAAGCACAAUGAACUGAAACCUUACAAAUGCCAGCUCUGCUACUAUGAGACCAAGCACACGGAGGAACUGGACAGCCACCUUCGGGAUGAGCAUAAGGUAAGCCGUAACUUUGAGCUGGUUGGACGGGUUAAUUUGGAUCAGCUGGAACAGAUGAAGGAAAAAAUGGAGAGCUCCAGCAGUGAUGAUGAGGACAAGGAAGAAGAAAUGAACAGCAAGGCUGAAGACAGAGAGCUGAUGAGAUUUUCUGACCACGGGGCUGCUAUUAACACUGAGAAGCGUUUUCCAUGUGAAUUUUGUGGACGGGCAUUUUCACAGGGCUCUGAGUGGGAAAGACAUGUGCUGAGACACGGCAUGGCAUUGAAUGACACCAAGCAGGUGAGCAGAGAAGAAAUCCACUCAAAAGAGAUCAUGGAGAACAGUGUUAAAAUGCCCUCCAUAGAGGAAAAGGAAGAUGACGAGCCCAUUGGGAUAGACUUUUCCCUAAAGAAUGAAACAGUAGCCAUCUGUGUAGUAACUGCCGACAAAUCUCUCCUGGAGAAUGCAGAGGCCAAAAACGAAUAAGCGUUUGGUGAAAUUCUUAAUCAAACCUUACUUGAACAGUGAUGAAAAAGUGGGAGGGCUGGCUUGGGCUGAGAAGGGAGGGACAGAAAAGAGAAGACAGAACAAAGCUGCUUUUUAGGACUGAACAAUCUAUUUUCAAAGCACUGGUACCUGUGUGAGUGAGUAUGUAAAUUAAAGUUAUUUAAAUGGUUGGAAUAUGUGGCUCCUUUUCCAUCACUACAUCUUUUCUUCCGGAUCUUCAUCAUGGAAGUUUCAUUUGUUGCGGAAUAUGGAAGCACCUCCCAAGGGUACGGUGCACUCUGUGGUGGUCUUGGACAGUAUGUGGAAACAGAAGCUCCGUGACAGUACAAGACUUCUCAUUGGGGAGCAACUUUUUGACGCACAACUUUUGGUGCGUUUUUCUAGUUUUAAUACCUUAAGCUUUUUCAAGACCUAACUGCAGCCGCUUUGGGAAAAAAACAGAAAACAAAAAAAAAACUGCUUUGCAUAAAACAGUCACCUGUUUCCUAGUACCUCAAACUUAACCAAGGGAACUCUCUGCAUUUGUCAGUACUACCUGUCGUCGUUGUGGUUAAAUGUAGAGAGAACUGCUGGGCAAGAUGGUGAAUGGAGAAAAAAAAAGAGUUUUAAAGAAAGGAACACAAAUUGUGCUUAAAAUCCCCAUGUGGGUUUUAUUUCUUAAAAUACUGUGAUUUUUUUAAUUAUUUUAGUAAAAAACAAAACAAAAAAAAGAAACAGACUUUAAUUAUUAGAUAACUGUUUGUGAAUUGUCAUCCUUUAUUCCAGGUAAGCUGUUUAUUAGUGUUCAACUAUAAUUUAGAAUUUGGUAGAUUCAUGUGAGCUAAUUUUAAGGUGGUUGUGGAAUUUUGUUUGCCACAUGUUUAUUUUCUAUCAAUUUGAGUGUUACAAACACAGCACAAUUCAGUUUUUCAUAUGAAUUGUUUUUUGUGUGUGUGUUGUUACUGUUGUUUUAAUUUGGGGGCAAGGGAGAUUUAGUUUUUUUGUGAAUAGGAAUGUUUUUAUUUUAAACAUGAAAAUAACAAAGAAGUUAACUUUCUUUUCUUUUUUUUUUUUUUAAUUUAACUAAAGAACCAAACUUUCGGCACAGCUAUGCAGCUUGUGGGCCAGACGAGGAGGUCCUCCUCACCCUUUUGUUGCCUGUCAAAUUCACGCAUUAUCCGUCUCACACAAAUAAUUUCUGUUAGGAUUGGCUGACUUUUGUGUGUGAUUUUAAAAUCUGUGUUUUGUUUCUGCUGACAUUAUGUUUUGUGAGGGUUUUUCAUUUAUUUAGGGGACGAGGGGAUGUGCUAGAAUCCCAUCCCUUUGGUGAGUGUGGACAAGAAAUAAUGUAUAUCCUACAAGGAGCCUGGAGAACUACUUUCUUUUCUUUUUUUUUUUUUUUUUCCUUUAAAUCUAGCUGCCAGCUGCUCUGUCCCCCAUAUCAGCUUUUUCAGGAGGGAGCAGCUUAGACUAAAUCUAAGCCUACAUUUAUAAUAUGUUCUGAUUGUGAACAAAGGGUUUCGUUCCAAAAAAUAGAAAAGAACUUUUCUUGAAGCCUAGGUUUUAGAAGCCCAUGUGUGCGUGUGCUUGGAUGUGUGUGUGCGUGUAUGAGUGUGUGUGUGUGUGUGCAUGUGUGAGUCCUUUGGUUUUCAUGUUUUGUUUUUUUUUACUUGGAAGGGUUGUGGGAGGGUGGGAGGGAAGAAAGGGAAGGGGAAUUGCUGAGAUGACAGUGUCCCACACAGCUUCAAAUAAAAUCCAUGGAAAGAUGUUGCAUUUGUGGAAUAAGUGCUUACUUGAAAAGCAUGUUCUUCUUUUAUUUUCUUACUGUUAAGAAUUUUUAUUUGUAGGAUGUUUGUUUUAAUUUAAUUUUUAAGGGAUGGGGGCCAUGAUGUGGAAACCAGAAAAUGAGGAAAGUGUGAACUAUCCAGACAAAGAUUCAUUUUGUGUCUCUAUUUGUUUUUAAUUGGCCUCAUUUCAAAUGUAUUAAACAGUUCCAUACCUGGAUUGGGUGUUUGUAAUGGUUACCAAAAAACAAACAAAAAGAGAAAGAAAAAGGAAAAAAAGAGAAUUGUGACAUGCUUUUAUCACUACUUUAUUUUUCAAAUAACAUGUAAAUAUUGUAAUCCAUUGGAUUUUGUUUUGCUAACCUGUUAAUAAAAAAUAUGGGACCAUUAUCCUUUUAACAAGGCUAGAAUGUCAUUUUUUUCUUUUUCAAACAUAUACCUGAUAUUUUGUGGCCGCACAUUUUGGAUGCAUUAUUAUAAUUCUGUUGACUUGUAAUGACAUAGAAUUUACAACAUUUUUUGUUGUUGUUUAAUUUAUACAGAGGACAUUUUUUUCAGAGCUUGAGAGAAGAAAAUAAAUAGCAAAAUGAUAACCUAUUGACUCCAGUAAUCAGUGUUUCCCAGUACUUCAUAAAAGAUAGGGAGACCCUGAGUCCUUGAAGCCAAGGGUUUAAAAACAAAACAAAACAAACAGAAAAAACAAAGAAAACCACAAGUAGGUUAUUCAAGUUGUUUGCAACAUACAUUUUGUAAUGAAAUGUGAGAAAUUAAUAAAGAAUUUUUUUCACAUGUG